UUUUUGGCAGCUCUAGCGUCGAAAAAUCUCAAGUGUUCAGUCGUCUGCGCCCGAACAGCGAAAUGGCUACUUUGGCGAAAAAGAUUGUGUCCCCCGUGGCCUCUGGGGCACGUCUUAUGUCCACCGGAGGCGGAGGCGCUUCUGCCACUGCUGGAAAACAUGCUGAAGCCCAUGCCAAGAUGUGGGCGAACAUUAGCUACUUCCUGGUCCUUCCUGGCGUAGCCAUUGCUAGCUUCAUCACAUUCAAGAACGAGUCUGCGCACCACGAGCCUCCUCCGGAAUUCGUCCCCUAUGAGCACAUGCGCAUCCGCAAGAAGAACUUCCCCUUCGGUGACGGCAAGAGAUCUUUCUUCCACAACCCGGAGACCAACCCUCUUCCUGAUGGCUAUGAAGUUGAGCCCCACCACUAGAUACCUGAUUGGUUUUAGUAGUGUACCUAAUAACUGAGGUUUCCUCAAUUCUGUUUAAUGUUAAAGCAUUGUUUUCUCAUGUUGUCAUGUGAGAUAUUCCAAGUCCCUGAACUGUAUAAAUUAUGUCAGAAAAUCUUAACUCCGUAUGUUUGUACAGCAAAACCAUAAUAAAACUGUAAACUCAA